UUCUUCUCUAGAGUAUCGAAUACACUUUUUCUCCCCCAUCACAGUUUCACACUCCCCCUUUCGUAUCAGUGACGCAGUAGUGAAUUUGAAAGUUGAUCAAAGUUUUACCAGAAAUCAAACAUGAAAUUCUGGAGGAUUCUCAGCAAAAUGAUCGAUGAGACGCUACCGGAUUGGCGCGAGAAUUUCUUAUCUUACAAAGAUCUGAAAAAGAAGCUCAAAAUGAUUUAUCCUAUCGCCGGUGAAUCCGUUCAGAGUAACGCUACUUCUGCUGUUAGGUCUGACAAACGACCAAGAUUGGCCGACGGAGAGAUCUCCGUCGAAGGAGAUCAGUUGGCAAUGGGUGAAGAGGUAAUCGAUUUCGUUAGGUUAUUGGAAGACGAAAUCGAGAAGUUCAAUUCCUUUUUUGUUGAUAAAGAAGAAAGAUAUAUUAUCAAAUUGAAGAUGGUUCAGGAUAAGGUUGCAGAGGUUCGUGAUUCGGAUGAAGAGUUGAUGAGUAUAGGCAGAGAAGUGGUUGACUUUCAUGGAGAAAUGGUUUUGCUGUUGAAUUACAGUGCCCUAAAUUACAUAGGUUUAGUAAAAAUACUAAAGAAAUACGACAAGCGAAGUGGUGCUCUGAUUCGUCUACCUUUCAUCCAAAAGGUUCUAAAAGAACCCUUCUUCUCAACUGAUGUACUUAAUAAGCUUGUAAAGGAAUGUGAAAAAAUCCUUGAAAGGUUUUUCCCAGCAAAAGAACAUUUGACUAAAUACGAAACUUCUUCUGAUGGUAAUCAUCAACCCGAGAAUCCUUCGGCGAGCAACACAAAAGGCAAAGAAAGUAUUAGUGUUCCCGAUGAACUUUCUCAAAUCAAAGAUGUCGAAAACAUGUACAUGAAACAGACUGUGACUGCAUUGCAAGUGCUGACUAAGAUUCGAAGUGGGAGUUCGACUGUUGACAUGUUCUCCUUGCCUCCAAUGUAGAGCUGGGACGAUAAUAAUGAAUCAUUUAUAGGCAUCGUUGAAUGAUUGUAAUCCAAGAUAAAAUUUACGGGUUUUAUGUUUAACUUCGGGGUGUAGAAUCAUUUUUGCUUCUUGUAAUAUAUAUUCCUAGCUUUUUUUAUUAUCUU